CCGAUGGUGAAUAUAACCUCGUCAGGCAGAUUAUACUUUACGAAAUAUUCAGAAGUUUCACAACAAAUAACGAUAUCCUCUCAAUAAUUAUUGUAGUGCAGCACAUUGUAUAUUUAUAAUUCAAUGGACGUAUAGUAAUUAUUGUUAAGACCCAGUUUCUGUUCAUUUAGCAGAGAUGAAGUUCGAGAUUUCAUUGCUUGUGAUGUCAGUAACUGUUGUUUGUGCAAUUGAAGAAAGCAAUGAUAAAAUACUCGCAUCUAGUAACAGACAGAACGAAGAUGGAUAUCAUUUUGGGUAUGAAACAAGUGGAGGUCAAGAAAGGGAAGAAAAAGGAGUACUAGAUAGAGUAGGAAAUAAUCUUAUAUUACGUGUUACUGGAUUUUAUUCAUACCUUGGGAGUAAUGACAAACGGUAUAGGGUUGUAUAUAAAGCAGACGAAACAGGAUACAAUGCGAGAAGAGAGGUCAUCCCCAGACGAGUGCCUGGCUUGUAUGAAUCAUCGAAAGAUAGUCCUUCGGGAAAAACGACAUCGAAUCAAACCAUGGAAUCAUCACAAUCAACCACUGAUUCGGAUGUAACUGAUGCUACUGUAUUCGAAUGGAUGAAACCAGUGAUUGCAUCUGCACCAAUUCCACCGGGAAUCAGUAGUGCUGCAAUAGCUUCUUUGGCAGGAGGAGGAAUCGGAUAAUUGGAUAGACUCAAGAUUAGACUUAAAUUUUUCAAAUGUAUUCACUAUCAAGGUAAUGUGAUUGAUAUGCCCACAAGUUCAUUCAACGAAUAAAAAAUAAGCAUUCAA